AUGGUGUACCCUCUCCUAUUUCCCAACGGGGAAUACGGAUACAGAACGGGUGUACCACACAGGCAGACAAACAGAACAGUGACGUUGAGACAAUUUUACUCGUGGCGAUUGGCCAUCAGGAAUGGCUUCUCCAUCCUGCACAACGGAGGAAAGUUGUUUCAACAGUACAUUGUUGACGCAUGGUGUAAAGUCGAGGCAAAUCAACUUUGGUUCAUUCGGCAGAACCAGCGAUCACUGAGAGUGGAAAAUUAUCGUGGUCUUCGUAGGUACCUGGAAGAAAGAGCGCGUGCGUUGGGAGCUCGGGUUGGAAAAUUGGUAGUGCUCCCAGCCAUGACUGUAGGAUCGCCGCGUUAUAUGCAGGCCAGGUACCGCGAGGCCAUGGCGAUUGUGGCACGUUACGGGAAACCAGAUCUCUUCAUUACUUUCACAACAAAUCCUAAUUGGCCCGAAAUUCAAGAGAAUCUGGAACAUCACCAACGCUUUGAACACCGACCGGACUUGGUCUGUCGCGUGUUCAAAUCAAAAUUCACACAAUUCCUCGACAACUUGAACAAAAGACAGGUGCUAGGUGUUACACAAACGUACACCUACGUAAUCGAAUUCCAAAAAAGGGGGCUUCCACAUGCCCACGUUUUAAUCACAAUGAGACCUGAGGACAAAAUUACGAUCGACAAUGGAAAUGACAUUGUCUGUGCCGAGUUCCCCGACCGUGACAUGGACCCAACACUGUACGACAUCAUAGCUGAACACUAUGUUCACAGACCCUGUGGAGCCAACAAUCCCAUCGCCCCCUGUAUGCGAGACGGUAAGUGCUCCAAAGGCUAUCCGAUGUCGUUCAAUGAUGAGACCAUAAUUGAUCACGUCAGGAGACCUGUUUAUCGCAGGCGACGUGACGGCCGAACAGCAGUCGUCGAGGAAACGGUAAUCGACAACCGAAGAAUUGUGCCAUACAACCGGUACUUUGCCAAAAAAUACAUGUGCCACAUCAAUUUCGAAGUCUGCGCCACACUCUCGAGCAUGAAGUACCUCUACAAGUAUGUACACAAGGGCGCAGACUGUAUCACAAUUCAAGCCAGUGACACUGGCGAUCAAACACUUGACUGGGACGAAAUUCAAAAUUAUUUAGACUGUCGUUACUUCAGUUCAACGGAAGCCGCGUACCGACUUAUGACAUUUCCUCUCGCAGACAGAUCACAUUCGGUAAUGACUUUGCCGGUUCAUUUGGAAUAUGAACAAGCCAUUCUGUUUGAUGACGACCUCCCUGAAGAGGACGUUGCAGCUGCAGUUGAUAAGCCAACGAAAUUGAUGGCGUGGUUCAUAUUGAACAACACAGACGUGGAAACCCGGCAAUUGACAUAUGUUGAGAUUCCUGAACACUACACGUGGAACAACAGAGAGGCAGUGUGGGGAAAAAGAAGGCAAAUCUCAAAGACGAUUGGUUGA